AUGCAGGAUAUGAAACCGAUAUCCUCAGGGCCAAUACCACAACCUCAUGAGAGACCAUCACCACCGGCACCCCAAACAAACAGUGGCAGGCGUAUCGUAAACCCGCAAACUUGCACCACGCACGAAAAAUACGACGUGUCCCUAUUCGACAUAGUCUUGGUGCAUCCAAUUCAAUCCACAUUCAUUACAUUUGAUAGCGUCCCAACUCCUCCCUCGACAGAACCGGCUCGCACGGAAUUCAUCAACAACCAUUUCAUCCAGCAGAUCAACUGGUAUCCUUGGACAUGCGACGUAAUGUCUAAAGACAUGACGGAUACCACGAUAAGAGAUCCGGGGGUGGAAAUGAACAUGUGCUCACGCUAUGUGGAAGCCGAAGCCAUCAUCACCCCGUUAUAUCGCAAUGCGCAGAAGCAGCUGGGCUUCAUGCACCCCAUAACCAUCUACCACAUGAACAAUCUCGGGGUGGCUUUGGGUGGCCAGGGCAAAUAUCGGGAAUCCGAAUCAAUCCUCAAUGACACUGUCGGAAUGAAAUUUCAGGAGUUGGACUCGUCACAUCUGAGUACCCUAGGCAGUAUGAUGAACAUCGUACUCGCCUAUAAGUGUCAGGGCAAUUGGCAGAGGGCUGAGGAAGUGCUGACUCAGAUGAUAAAUAUCAGAGUGAAUGACCAGGGAGUCCCAGAUCCUGACUUUUUGGAUUGGAAUGAUCACUUGGGCGUCAUUCUGGCAAUUCAGCAGAAGUACGAUGAGGCCGAGAAGGUGCUUAUGCGCUGUUAUGAGGUGCGGCAGAGGCUUGGACGUGAUCCGUAUAUCUUUUGCACGCAAUAUACGCUGGAAUGGGUUCAGAAGAAGAAGAAGGGAGCAUCCGCACAGGAAAAGAAGUCCGCAUGA